AUGAAAGGAUUAAUUCUCGUCGGUGGUUACGGUACACGUUUAAGACCUCUCACUUUGUCUAUUCCAAAGCCUUUGGUUGAAUUCGGCAACAAGCCAAUGAUCUUGCACCAGAUCAAGGCUUUGGCCGAUGUCGGCUGCACGGAAAUCGUUCUUGCCGUCAACUACAAGCCAGAAGUGAUGGUUGGAACUUUGAAGAAGUAUGAGAAACAAUAUGGUGUUCACAUUACUUUUUCCGUCGAGGACGAGCCUCUAGGAACUGCAGGACCAUUGAAGUUGGCUGAGGAUGUUCUCAAGAAGGACGACUCUCCUAUAUUUGUGUUGAACUCAGAUGUUAUUUGCGAGUACCCAUUAAAGGAGUUGUUGGACUUCCAUCUCGCACAUGAUGGUGAGGCUACAAUUGCUGCAACCAAGGUUGACGAGCCUUCCAAGUAUGGUGUGAUCGUGUAUGACAGAGAUGUUCCAAACAGAAUCGACCGUUUUGUUGAGAAGCCUGUCGAAUUCGUUGGAAACAGAAUUAACGCUGGUAUUUACGUGUUGAACCCAUCAGUUCUCGAUCUUAUCGAAAUGAGACCUACUUCCAUCGAGAGUGAGACUUUCCCACUGCUUGUUGAGAAGAAGCAGCUUUACUCGUUUGAUCUCCCAGGCUACUGGAUGGAUAUCGGUCAGCCUAAGGACUUCUUGACCGGAAUGUGCUUGUAUCUCACGUCUCUUUCGAGUAAACACCCAGAAAAACUGAGUAAAGAGAGCUACGUUUACGGUGGCAAUGUUCUCGUGGAUCCAACUGCCAAGAUCGGCAAGGGCUGCAAGAUUGGUCCUAAUGUUGUUAUCGGUCCUAACGUCACAGUUGGUGAUGGUGUCAGGAUCGAGAGAUCUACCAUCCUGAAAAACAGCGAGAUCAAGGACCAUGCCUACAUCAAAUCCACCAUUGUCGGUUGGAAUUCUACCGUUGGAAAGUGGGCCAGACUUGAGGGCGUCUCCGUUUUGGGUGAGGAUGUCAAUGUCAGGGAUGAAAUCUACGUUAACGGUGGUAAGGUGUUACCUCACAAGUCUAUUAAGGCUAAUGUUGAGACUCCUCAGAUUAUCAUGUGA